AUGGCGAUCAUUGAUCCACAGGACUUGGAGCGUCUCUGGGCGCUGCUCACGGAGCUGGCGGAGCAGACGAACAGCCAUCGCCACUACACCGCGAACUUACACGCACAGGCGAAUAACGUCAAGAACCAAGCGAUCCAUUCUCAGACGGGAUUCGUGCUGCGACGAUUUAACCUCGAUAAAUCACAAGAAGAGUACGAUGCAGAGCUGGAACGCAUGAACACUGUCAUGGCGGCCGACAACCAGGCUCUUCUGCACGACAACAAGCAAUUGAAUGCGCUGAUUAAAGAAUACGAAACGACCUUGGAAAACGUCAUGAACCAGUUCCGGAACCGUGCCCACGAAGUGCAAGAACAGGAGCUCUCGCUUGUCCGGGAGUACGAGACGCGCCUGAUCGCGCGCGAGACGGAGGAGCAUGCGCAGCGGCUUGCGGCGAGCUCGGCGUAUUCUGAAUCGCUCACGCGCAUGUCACGGAUGCUCCGGAAGCAGCUGCGCGCGCUGGGCGGCGAGGACGUGACAGAGGUGCCCGCGGGGGCGCAAGACGCGUACAGGCCGGAGGAGUGGAACGCGCUCGCGGCGGCGGACUGGGCGCUGGAGCGCGAGUCAGAGCUCGCGCGCCUGGAGAAGGAGAACGCGCUGCUGCGACGUCUGAUGGGGGACGAGUCUUUGAACGACGACGGGCCGGCGAACGAGCGACCGGUGCCGUUGACGGUGGAGGAGGUGCGGCAGAGGCUGGUGUUCCCGACGCGGGACAAGAGCGUGAAGCUUGGUGGGGCGAAGGGCACGGUCGGGCCGUUUGCGACGUACAAGCGGAUGAGGGCACUGGCGAGUUGACGUUAGGACGCGAUGUGUAUGUUCGUAAUACUAGCUUCAGAUGGAUUUCUUGUGGCGCUGCU